UUGAUUGUCGGCUGAUGUUUUUGUGAGCGAGUGAAUGCUACUCCUCUCUUUCCCAGCCAAUCAGCGGCCAGGUGACAAGUCAAGGCUAUAUAAGCUCUUGACUUGGAGACGGAACAUUUUCGUUGAGACACUUAACGCAGCCGAAGCAGUGAUUUUUUUCCCAAAAUUUGACUCGAUUUUCUUUGUAUUCAUGGCACCAAUUCUACUUAACUGCAUGGGGAACGAUCACAGUGAAUAUGUCAAACAACAGGUCCAAGUGAAAAACCCUUACUUGGACACCAUGGAGGAGGACAUUCUGUACCACUUCAGCUUGAGUACCAAAUCUCACAACUUGCCAGAGAUGUUUGGUGACAUUAAGUUUGUGUGCGUUGGAGGCAGUUCCAACCGCAUGAAAGCCUUCGCCCAGUUUAUCCACCAGGAGCUAAAACUGCCUGGAAACCCUGCUGAAGUCCGGGAUAUUUGUGAGGGAACCGACCGCUACUGCAUGUAUAAAGUGGGACCAGUGCUCUCUAUAAGUCAUGGAAUGGGUGUGCCAUCAAUCUCCAUUAUGCUGCAUGAGCUCAUCAAACUGCUUUACCAUGCCCACUGCAGGGACGUGAUCCUGUUCCGUCUGGGGACAUCCGGCGGAGUCGGUUUGGCUCCAGGCACAGUGGUGGUGACUGAAAAAGCGGUGGACUACUCCUUCCGGCCUCAGUUUGAGCAGGUGGUUCUAGGUAAAGUGAUCACCCGCAGCACGGAGCUGGACGAAGGGGUGGCCAGUGAGCUUCUGCAAUGCUCCAGAGAGCUGCAAAACCUUCCCACUGUGAUCGGGAACACGAUGUGCACCCACGAUUUUUACGAAGGUCAAGGACGACUCGACGGGGCUCUGUGCUCCUUCUCCCAUGAAGAAAAACUGGAGUAUCUGAGAAAAGCGUAUGAAGCUGGCGUUAGGAACAUCGAAAUGGAAUCCACUGUUUUUGCAGCCAUGUGUCGCAUAUGUGACCUCAAAGCGGCCGUCAUCUGCGUCACGCUUCUGAAUCGCUUGGAGGGUGACCAGAUUACGUCCCCUCACGAUGUUCUGGUGGAGUACCAGAAGAGACCUCAAGCCCUAGUGGCCCACUUCAUCAAGAAACGUCUGGGACUUAUUGUCUAAAGAGCACUACCUGUUUAAAUCAAUGUACAUAGAUAUGACGGAAAUACUUAUUGUAUAUACUGUACCUAAUGUUUAUAUGUGUUAUUUAGACUCUUUGCUUUGAUUAAGUUAAACAUGAUGUUAAACACAUUUAAGUUUGUACUGGAUGUGUUAAACUUUGGUGCUACUGUUAAUACGGAUUUUAGAAACGAUCUAUUUCUCUGUCUGUUUGAAAAAGACCCUUCACAUUUAUUUAGUUGGUUGUAGAUAUAAUGUAUAAUUUCCACACGCUUGUAGCAUAGUACCAAUGUAUACCUUUCUACGACUAGUGUGACCACCAUGUUGUGGUGGUGCUUCUGUCAAUGUUGUUUUAAUAAAGUUUUAACAUGU